GGAGAUUGUUCUAGCAGGCUAGGGUGAAGGCGAGAUGAGGAGCAAGCGCCCAGAGCUGAGGAGGGUCGCGGACAACGAGGAGGGGGAGGAUGGAUCCUCGGAUACAAGGACGGAAGAAGAGGAAGACGAAAGAGAGGAAGAAGAGCCAAAUCGGCAAACCAGGAAGAGGAAAUCGAUGGAAUUUCCACGGCCGUGUAGCCGAUCAGAUGGGAAAGGCUGGCGCUGUCCGCAACUGGCCAUGGUGAAUGACAACUACUGCGAGUACCAUCGCAAUAAAAUGCGAGAAAAGACCCAGAGGUACAAGGAUCAGGUGGCAACGAAGAGAAGCAGCAAGGAGCAGCAGCCUCCUCGGGAGGAGAAGAGAAAAAAGCUGCGCCGCUGUGAUCGAAAGGAAACCGACAUGGCCGAAGAGCUGGGUCAGGAAAAACUCGUCGCCAUUCGCGAGAAGUUAGAGCAGUACAAGAGCUGCCACCAGUGCCAGAGAAAUGACAAAGGAGAUGUGGUUUUCUGCGAUGGCUGCAACAAGAAGCGCUACUGCGUUAGCUGUAUCAAGCGAUGGUACCCGGAGCUGACAGUGAAAGACGUCCAGAAGCAGUGUCCUUUCUGCCGGAGGAACUGUAAUUGCAAAGCUUGCCUACGCACUCACGGGCCGAAAGUUGUGACUGCGGAGCUGCCUCCAUCCAAACAGGUGGAGCAUUUUAAGUAUCUCCUUUGGAAGAUCUCGCGCUAUCUUAAACAACUCAGCAAUGAACAACGAGAGGAAGAGGAGCUCGAGAAAAACAUCCAAGGAGAGGCAUACUUGGGAGUGGAAAAGGCUCCGGUGGAUUUUGACGAGCGCCUCUAUUGUGAUAACUGCCGGACAUCCAUUGUGGACAUGCAUCGAAAUUGUCCCGGAUGCGGCUUCGACUUAUGCCUCACUUGCUGUCGAGAGCUAAGGGGAAAGGCUGAGGAUCCUGCUCUCGAACAGGAAGGUGGCAGCACCUGGAAAGCACACAGUGACGGAAGCAUUCCCUGUCGAAACUGUGAUUCGCAUCCUCUGUGUUUGAAGACGCUCUUCACACACCACCAUACCUCAGACCUUCAAAAGUCGAUUGAGGAGUGUCUAGAAGACUACCGUCCAGAUCCUGAAGUCAUGGCUAACACUUGCGACUGCUCGGAAAACGCAGGCAACGUCCGCCUGGCUGCAAAGCGUGAAGGAUCCAGCGACAACCACAUUUACUGCCCCAGCGCAAGCGACUUGAAAGACGAGGGAGUGAAACACUUUCAGAAGCACUGGGUACGUGGUGAACCAGUUGUCGUUCGGGAUGUUCUAGAGGGUACCACAGGCCUGAGUUGGGAGCCGAUGGUAAUGUGGAGGGCUGUACGAGAGACAAACAAGAGUAAGACUGCCGUCGAGAACAAGAGCCUCAAAGCCAUCGAUUGCCUGGAUUGGAACCAAGUGGAGAUAAACAUACAUCAGUUUUUUACAGGAUACCAAGAAGGCCGUGUUCAUCCAGACGGUUGGCCAGAAAUGUUGAAGCUGAAGGAUUGGCCACCAGCGACCUUGUUCAGCGAGCGCCUCCCUCGCCAUGGAACUGAGUUUCUGAACUCUCUGCCUUUCAAGGCGUAUACGCAUCCCACGACUGGUAUUUUCAACCUGGCGGCAAAGCUGCCUGAGAACUCGUUGAAGCCUGACCUGGGGCCCAAAACUUACAUCGCGUACGGGUUUCGUGAGGAGCUUGGCAAUGGAGAUUCUGUCACCAAAUUGCACUGUGACAUUUCGGACGCGGUAAAUGUGUUAACGCACACCUCUGAAAUAAAGUGGCAACAGAAACGCAAGGAACGGAUAGAAGUUAUGCGCAAAGAUCUGCGCAAUAUGCAAACGUCACCGAGUGAGAACACGUCUUCCGAGUGCUGUUCUUCUGGAGUCGACACUAGUCACAAGGAUGAAAUUUUGGUCUGUGAGGCCAAGAGCAGUACUUAUGGAGGUGCCUUAUGGGAUAUUUAUAGACGAGAAGACGUUCCCAAACUCGAAGCAUAUCUGAUGAAACAUUCGACAGAGUUCAGACACAUAGGAAACUUGCCAGUUAAAGAGGUGCACCAUCCCAUACAUGAUCAGAUUUUUUUCUUGGACGAGAAGCAUAAACUGCAGUUGAAAGAGGAGUAUCAAGUAGAGCCGUGGACUUUCGAACAGCACAUUGGAGAAGCAGUAUUUAUUCCUGCGGGCUGCCCCCACCAAGUGAGGAAUUUGAAGUCAUGCAUCAAGGUCGCACUAGAUUUUGUGUCUCCGGAAAAUGUGCAUGAGUGCAUUCGUCUAACAGAGGAGUUUCGGCGACUUCCAAAGGACCAUCGGGCUAAAGAAGAUAAGCUGGAGGUAAAGAAGCUCGUCUUACAUGCGGCAGGACAAACUGUCGAUCUCCUUCAGAAGUUGAUUUUGUAAAAACAAGCUACUGUAGAGAGGUAGAGCUAUCGUUGAUUCGCUAAGCUCGGGUUUUAAGCUCGCGAAAUUUUGGAAACGUAAUCAUAAAGUGGAUUGAGGCC